AUGUACAUCCUUAAUGAUUAUGAUUUGAAUAAAAUCACCGUCGCAAAAUUCGAAAAAACUUUGGAGUUGAAUACCAGGGAAACAGUGGAUGAUUCUUGGGGGUCAUCUUCCUGGGUAUGGGGUAGAUGGAUCUUGUUUGUUAUUUUUGUUGUUUUCUUGCUAGUUAUUUUCCUAGGAACUAUUAGAGCUAAUAAGAGAAGAAGAACUUUAGGUCAAGCUCCUAUUAGAGGCACAGCAUGGAUGACUCCUCCUACAUAUAGACAAAGUGAGAGAGACUACAAUGCUAACGGCAGCGCUGCUAACGGUCACGACUUUGUCCCAAAAUAUACAGCUGAGGCAAAUGAUCAAGAUCUUGGUUACUACGAUGCUCGUGGUGAAUUCCAUCCUAAUUCAAAAUCUGAAUAUUUGCCACCUCCACCCCUAGUUCAUGAAGUCGACUCAAAUGCUUCAACUACAUCAAACAGUCAUGAAAGACCGAAUAUACCGCCACCACAGUCUGUAGUAACAAUGUCAAGAUCAGCAAAUAAUAGCGCCACUGCCGAUUCUCCCAUACCUCAAUACCAAAGAGGUAAUAUUGCAAUCUCAGAUGAUGCUUCUGUUGAUAAUUUGGACUUCUCUAGAUACAAUUAUAUCGAUGCAAACAGCACAAGCAAUACAGCUCGUUCAAAUCAACCAACUUCAGAUAAUAAUAAUGAUCUACCCAGACCGCCAAAAGCAGCAUAA